GCCAUCCACGCCUAAAUACUCCCUCCCUCCCCCGUUCCCUGCCACUGGAUAUUUUCCUCUCUCCCUACCUCCAUUCCUCUCUCCCGUCCCUCCUCCCCAUUUUACUCCCAUCUCGGAGGGAAUAUCUCCAUCCCGUCGCCAUCGGACGGUAGAGCGUGCCUGCCUGCUUGCGCACGCGAUUCCGCUUCCUUCUUCCCUCCCCGCAGUUGGUUGUGAAAUUCCUCCUUGCGACCAUGGGAGUCACGGAGUACAAGGGCAAUGAUUUCUCUACGGAGGUGCCCAUCAAAAAUGAGUUGUCCGCGACGGAAGAGGGCACCGUGAACCAGGCCCAUCAUACCGACCUUCACCGUGAUCUCAAGGCCCGUCAUAUUACUAUGAUUGCCAUCGGUGGUGCUAUCGGUACUGGUCUUAUUAUUGGAACGGGUUCGGCUUUGGCAAAGGCUGGCCCCGCUGCUAUUCUCAUCUCGUAUUCCGUCGUCGGUUUCGUCGUUUAUCUCGUCAUGUGCGGUCUCGGUGAGAUGGCCGCUUGGUUGCCUCUCUCUUCUGGUUUCACUGGUUAUGCCGCGCGCUUCUGCGAUCCUGCUAUGGGUUUUGCUAUCGGCUGGACGUAUUGGUUUAAAUAUAUCAUCGUCACGCCAAAUCAAUUAACAGCAGGCGCGUUGGUCAUACAGUAUUGGAUAGACACCGAACGGGUCAAUGCAGGCGUAUGGAUUACAGUGUUCCUCGUGUUGAUCGUCGGUAUCAAUUACUUCGGAGUCAAGUUCUUCGGAGAAUUCGAGUUCUGGCUGUCUUCCUUCAAAGUCGUGGUCAUUCUCGGUCUGAUCCUGCUGUCCUUCAUCCUGAUGCUGGGAGGAGGCCCCGAUAAAGACCGCAAGGGUUUCCGCUACUGGAAAGAGCCUGGCGCGUUCAACACCUAUAUCGAUGACGGCGCGGCCGGUCGAUUCUAUGCCUUCUGGGCCACCAUGGUCUCCGCUACCUUCGCCUACCUGGGUACUGAGUUGGUUGGUGUGACCGUCGGCGAGGCGCAGAACCCUCGCAAGACCAUCCCCCGCGCCAUCAAGUUGACCUUCUACCGAAUCGUCGUCUUCUACGUGACCAGCGUCCUGCUCGUCGGCACGCUCGUCCCCUACAACUCCCCCGACCUCAUCUUCGCCACCAAGCAGAGCAACUCGGCCGCCGCCUCCCCCUUCGUCGUGGCCAUCCAGCUGGCCAAGAUCCCCGCUCUCCCUCACAUCCUGAACGCCUGCAUCUUGCUCUUCGUCUUCUCCGCCGCCAACUCUGAUCUCUACAUCGCCACGCGUACCAUCUACGGUCUGGCCAAGGAGGGCAAGGCGCCCGCCAUCUUCGCCCGCACCGACAAGCGCGGUGUGCCCGUCUUCGCCCUCGGCGUGUGCUCCCUCAUCGCCUGUCUCGCCUACAUGAACGUCUCCAGUGACUCCAAGACCGUCUUCGGCUACUUCGUCGACCUGGUCACCAUCUUCGGUCUCCUGACCUGGGUGUCGCUCCUCGUCACGCACAUCUACUUCGUGCGCGCGCGCAAAGCCCAGCGCGUCCCCGAAUCCGACCUCGCCUACAAGGCCCCCUUCGGCGUCUACGGCUCCUACGGCGCCCUCGUCUUCUGCAUCAUCAUCUGCUUCACCAAGAGCUACGACGUCUUCACCUACAACGAGGAAUGGGGCAACUUCAACUACAAGAAGUUCAUCACCGCCUACCUCGGCAUCCCGCUCUACCUGAUCCUCAUCUUCGGUUACAAGUUCGCCACCGGCUGCAAGGGCAUCCCCCCGCACGAGGCCGACCUCUGGUCCGGCAAGGACGAGGUCGACCGCGAGGAGCAGGAGUAUCUGGCCUGGAAGUCCACCCAGGAGGAGAAGCAUGCCGGCGCGAACUGGUUCUAUCGCAAGUUCGUGUCGUGGCUGUUCUGAAACUUUCGACCCUGUAUGGGUUCGCGCUUUUGGAUGAUCCUCACGAUGAUGAUAUAUGUAUCUUAUACCUCCGUUAUGCUUGGUAAUGUUCAUGAAGUGGUUUUCCCUCUUUCCUCUUAGCCUCUCAGAUCAUUUUGGAGUUUGUACUUUCCGUAUCGUGUGUAGCUCUUGGUGUGUAAAUCUCGAUCUAUCCGG